GGCAGUGGCAGACGCCUGGGUGCAGCCUGUUCUCCCGCCUUCAUUUCCCAUCGUGCUGAGGCGGGUGGCAUGGCGGAGAAGGAUGACACCGGAUUUUGACGAAGAGGUGGUUUUUGAGAAUUCUCCACUUUACCAGUACUUACAGGAUCUGGGACACACAGACUUUGAAGUAUGUUCUUCUCUGUCACCAAAAGCAGAAAAAAGCACAGUGACAGAGGGACAGCAAAAGCCUCCUGCAAGAGCCCUGCCAAAACAAGGCAUCCUGUUAAAAGUGGCUGAAACCAUCAAGAGUUGGAUUUUGGCUCAGUCCAAUAAGAAUGAUGACUUGCUUCACAAGUUGGAUACUGGAUUCCGACUCGACUCACUCCAUACUAUCCUGCAACAGGAAGUCCUGUUACAAGAGGAUGUGGAGCUGAUUGAGCUGCUUGAUCCCAGUAUCCUGUCUGCAGGGCAACCUCAACAACAGGAAAAUGGACACCUCCCAACACUUUGCUCCCUGGCAACCCCUAAUAUUUGGGAUGUCUCAGUGGUGUUUGCCUUCAUUAGUUUGCUUGUUAUGCUUCCCACUUGGUGGAUUGUAUCUUCCUGGCUGGUAUGGGGAGUGAUUCUAUUUGUUUAUCUGAUCAUAAGAUCUUUGCGAUUAUGGAGGACAGCAAAACUACAAAUAACUCUAAAAAAAUACAAUGUCUAUUUGGAAGAUAUAGUAACAAAUAGCCGAGGUUUUACUAACCUUGUGAGAAAAGCUUUACGUCUCAUUCAAGAAACUGAAGUCAUUUCCAGAGGAUUUACACUUUUGCUUGACAGGGUCAGUGCUGCUUGCCCAUUUAAUAAAGCUGGACAGCAUCCCAGUCAGCAUCUCAUCGGUCUUCGGAAAGCUGUCUACAGAACUGUCAGAGCCAACUUUCAAGCAGCGAGGCUAGCUACCCUAUAUAUGCUGAAAAACUACCCCCUGAACUCCGAGAGUGACAAUGUAACCAACUACAUCUGUGUGGUGCCUUUUAAGGAGCUGGGCCUUGGACUUAGUGAAGAGCAGAUUUCAGAAGAGGAAGCACAUAACCUUACAGAUGGCUUCAGCCUGCCUGCCUUGAAGGUCCUGUUUCAGCUCUGGGUGGCACAGAGUUCAGAGUUCUUUAGGCGGCUAGCCCUGUUACUUUCUACAACAAAUUCACCUCCUGGGCUGUUACUUACUCCAGCACUUUUGCCUCAUCGUAUCUUAUCUGAUGUGACUCAAGGUCUACCUCAUGUUCAUUCUGCCUGUUUGGAAGAGCUUAAACGCAGCUAUGAGUUCUACCGGUACUUUGAAACUCAGCACCAGUCGGUACCCCAGCGUUUAUCCAGAACUCAGCAGAAGUCAAGAGAACUGAGUAAUGUUCACACGGCAGUACGCAGCUUGCAGCUGCAUCUGAAAGCAUUACUGAAUGAGGUAAUAAUUCUUGAGGAUGAACUUGAAAAGCUUGUCUGUACUAAAGAAACACAAGAACUAGUGUCAGAAGCUUAUCAAAUCCUAGAACAGAAAUUAAAGUUAAUUCAGCCCCAUGUUCAAGCAAGCAACAAUUGCUGGGAAGAGGCCAUUUCUCAAGUGGACAAAUUGCUGCAAAGAAAUACAGAUAAAAAAGGUAAACCUGAAAUGGCGUGUGAGAACCCACGCUGCACUGUGGUACCUUUGACACAGCCUCCUCUACACAUUGCAGACGAAGAUCCAAUUCCUGAGGAGCAGGAGUUAGAAGCUUAUGUAGAUGAUAUUGAUAUGGACACUGAUUUCAGAAAGGAUGAUUUUUAUUACUUGUCUCAAGAAGACAGAGAGAGACAGAAGCGUGAACAUGAAGAAUCCAAGAGGGUGCUCCAAGAACUGAAAUCUGUGCUGGGAUUUAAAGCAUCAGAGGCAGAAAGGCAGAAGUGGAAGCAGCUUCUGUUUAGUGAUCAUGGGGUAAAGUCCGAAUGGAAUUAGAGAGGGAAAUUCUACACUGGAACCUGCUGUGGCCAUUUUUUUCUGUUGUUGCUGCUUCUCUAGUGGAGUUACUGCAGCUUAGGGAUCUGUUUCUUGGAAAUGGACACGUUUUACAAAUUAUUUUUUAAAAUAAACGCCAGAUCUUCAAGACGCACUUUUUUUUCUUCCGUCAUGCUUCAUAACAUAUUGUAUUGUACUAACCCCUCAUACUGGGAGGAGAGACUGCAUAGCAAGCAACCCACUGCCUACUAACAUCAAGAGGGGCUAAAUAAAACUUCAUUUUCCUUGAAAGGACAACUUCUGCCGUAUGGAUGUAAUAUCUGUGUAUUAUGCUUUGUACAGUAGUUGACAUGGAAUACAGGUUUUAUUUUAUUUUAUAUUUUUCUGUGGCGUUAAAAUAUGUAGAAGUUAUGGCUUUACUGUCAUCAGGGUCUUAUUAGGUGGUUGACAAGUGAGUUGAAUUGUAUGUUGUAUUUUUUUUCCAUGAUGUUUUAACUUGUAAAUAUGUGUGUGUUGAUGAUGAUAGGAUUAUUACCUGGAUUACUCUUAGGUGUUUCAUCUAUGAUACUAUCGGUGAAAACCAUGCUGCUUAUUCUUUAUUCAGUGGUUCUCAAAGUUCAAUGUGCAUCAGAAUCCAGCAGAGGGCUUGUAAAACCAUAGCCAGUCCUCAUUCAGUUUCCGAUUUAGUUGGUAUGGGGUGGAGCUGAAGAAUUUUCAUUUCUAAAAAAUUCCUAGGUGAUGCUGACUGAUGCUGUUGGUUCAAGAGCCACACCUUGAAAACACUGCUUUAAUGUUUUGAAUUAAGAGAAUACAUGAGGUGUUUUAAAAUAUUUAUCAAAACCCCAUCUCAUUUCAUGUCUUAGGUAUUUUAUCUCUUACAAAGUUCUCUGGUUUUAUAAAUUUAUUUUGAUUUACUAGAAAGUUUUAUUUAGCUUUUAUUUAUUCUUUAUAAGAAAAACCUGCUGGGAGUUUAAAUUAAAGUUUAAAUCAUUGCUGGGUUUUUAGUUAUUAUUUUUCUUUCUUUUUUUUUUUUUUUCCUUUGAAGCUGUGUUGAAAUCCUUGUCUCCUGUAGACCCAGUGGAACCCAUAAGUAAUUCAGAACCAUCAGUGGAUUCAGAUAUGGGGAAAGUUGGUAAAAAUGAUACUGAAGAGGAAAAUAAUAAAACCUCUACAGCUGACAAUGAAAUAAGUAGUAGGACUGAGUAUUUAUGUGAAUACCCUCUAGAUGGUAAAAAUAAAGACAAUUCUGCAAAUGAAGUCUUCUUCCAAGGAGCUGAAGAAAGAGCACAUUACCAGUGUGAGCGUGAAGAUGAGUCUCCGCAGGCAGAUGUAGAUGGCCUGGCCCCUGCCCACCCAGCCCCCAGGGUCUCAUCACAGCCCUCCAUCAAGCAGAGGCUGGCACAGCUACAGCUGUCCCCUGAUUUCACUUUCACUGCUGGCCUCGCUGCAGAAGUGGCUGCUAGAUCUCUCUCCUUUACCACCAUGCAGGAACAGACUUUUGGUGAUGAGGAGGAAGAGCAAAUAAUACAAGAAAAUGAAAAUGAGGUAGAAGAAAAGUAAGAACCAAGAUUUACAUGAAGGAUUUUAAAUUAUUCUUUUUUUGUGAAAGUGUUUUAACUUCAAGACUAGAUAUUCCACUGGAAAGGGAAAAUGAGUGUAAGUUUACUGUAUUUAAAGCUAAGAUGUGAAUUUAUAGGAAGAACCUGGGUUUGAACAACUGAUCUGGAAAUACUAGUUACCUAUAAAUGGCAGACCUUUUAGGAGAAUGAGAAAGGUAAGGGCUCUCUUGAAUAAAUUGCUGUUUUAUUUGCAGCAUGACUGAUUGAUCUUGGAAACUCUUUAAAUAUCUUUAAUAACAAAUGAAUUUAUCAUUUCUUGCCAGAAUUUACUACCAUAAAAUGACUGGGAUAAUUCUGUUGCAAGAACAUUAACAUUUAGUAAGGCUCCUUUUUACUGUAUUCUCGCAGUUAAUAACUGCAGCUAUUAUGUCAAUAACAAGUUGUUUGUAUUUUAUUUUUGUUUAUACCAGUCUUAAAGAUACACGUUCUGAAUAAAAAAAGUUGAAUUCAUGAAA